AUGAGCUCGCAACAUUUUAUACCACCUGUGAAUUUUGGUAUGAUUGAAGAAGAUUUAUAUCGCUCAGGACAACCAAACGAGCUCAACUUUCCCUUCUUGGAAAAGCUAGGGCUGAAAACCAUUGCCUGGUUAGCGCCCGAAGAGCCCAACCAACGAUUCUUGGACUUUAUUGAUGAUCAAGAAAUACAACUGCAUCAUUUAGGCGUCGUCUCAUCAGUGAAUGCCUGGGAUCCUAUUACAGAAGAAGCUGUUUUGCAAGCAUUGGAGUUGAUCUUAAACCCUUCCAACUAUCCAAUGAUGAUCAUGUGCAAUUUAGGGCGACACAGAACAGGCACCAUUGUGGGAUGUAUGCGGAAAUUACAGCGCUGGAAUCUCACCUCCAUAUUCGAAGAGUACAGAAGAUACGCUGGACCUAAAGUUAGAUUACUGAAUGAACAAUUUAUCGAAUUAUUUGAUACAGAUCUUGUAGCAAUUCCUGCUAAUAAACCAAAAUGGGGCAUUUAA